AUGGAGAAAAUCGAGAUGCCCAGCUGUAAGUACAAUGGCACCACGACACCUAAGAAUCACGUCUCAGCAUUUGAAAACUACAUGGUGUUGUACACCAUGACAGACUCAGUUUGGUGUAAGGCAUUUCCCCUAACCUUAGAAGGACUGGUUGCUGAAUGGUGUGGAGCCAUUCUGAAGGGAUCCGUUUACUCCUACAACCAGUUGAAGAGGAUUUUCAUGGAACAUUUCGUUACGCUGGUAGAUUGCACUAGAAUGACCACAGAGCUGAUGUCAUUAGUUCCGGGGAAAGAGGAGCCCAUGCGGGAUUUCAUUACCCGAUUCAACAAGGAGGCAACAACAAUCCCAGAUAUGAGCCAGGAGGUAGCCUUGUUGGCCAUGCAAAGUGGACUCCUGCCUGGUUCACCCUUCAGAGCUUACAUGGGACGAAAAAGUCUUAAGACACUGGCAGAAGCCUUGGAAAAAGCGCACGAGUUCAUAAAAGCAGAUGAGAUUGAUAGAGCCAUGAUGAGUAGAAGAGCAACAAAUGACCCAGUCAAGUGGGCUGAAACUGCUGGGGAUGAGAAUUCAACCAGGAUCAACCAAGCAAGGCUGAACAAGGUUGAAGAGACGCGGACAGGUCAAUGGGAGUUAGGAGAAUGA